CUGGCCAACAUGCCAAAGUUGAACUUUGUCUCCUCAUAAAGAUUCAAUGUUUCAGACCCAGUAGUAAUGCAAUCACUUCACAUUAAAUAGAAUAAUUCCAUGUCAUGGAGAUGAGGAACCUAAAUAACUGCCAAAAUCAGAUCAAGAGAUAACCAUAUUUAUAUUCCAAAUCAACUGCCAAUCAUCACUUUGUAAUUCAUUAGAUAGUAAGCACAUGCAAAUAUUCUAAUUACGCACUUGGUUAACGUAUGCAUUGCAUGAUAGCUGCUACUUGCUGUCCUUUACUUUCAAUGAGCCUAUAUUGUUUCCCUUUUUUUUUUUUUUUUUUUUUGAUCUUAUGCUGUUAUGUAUAUAAGUAUUAUUUGCCUACAUCAAUGCUGCAUAUUCUUCUAAAAUCAAGUAUAAGUGAUCAAAAAGUAAUAAUACAGGAAACAAAAUGGCAAAUUUGAAUAAAUAUUCUGAGAAAACAAAGUUGCUAAGUGGAUUACUUGCUCUUCAAUUAUGCUUUGCUGGGUAUCAUAUAGUCUCCAGAGUUGCUCUGAAUAUCGGAGUCAGUAAAGUUGUAUACCCAGUUUAUAGGAAUGUCAUUGCUUUGUUCUUAUUAGGUCCCAUUGCAUAUUUUCUAGAGAGGAAAGAGAGACCGCCUCUUACUUUCUCCUUGUUGGUUAAAUUUUUCUUUCUAGCACUUCUUGGGGUCACUGCAAAUCAAGGAUUCUACAUUUUGGGUUUGUAUUAUGCAUCUCCCACUUUUGCAUCCGCGAUGCAAAAUUCUGUUCCUGGUAUUACGUUUGUCUUGGCCACUAUCUUAAGACUAGAACAAGUGAACAUAUUUAGUAGACAUGGGCUAGCAAAAGUUUUGGGAACCAUUGCGAGCGUUGGAGGGGCAACCAUUAUAACAUUGUACAAAGGCUUUCCAUUACUACAACUUAAAGAGCAGCCUCAACAAGUUAAUUUGAUGGCGGAAAAUGAAGAAAUAAAGUUUGGUAUAUCUGCAAAUACAACCGAGAACUUCACUUGGGGCUGCAUUUUCCUACUCGGUCAUUGCUGCUCCUGGGCUGGUUGGAUGGUCUAUCAGGCAUCAGUGCUGAAGAAGUACCCAGCAAAACUAUCCCUUACUUCUUACACAUGCUUCUUCGGAUUAGUUCAAUUUCUAGCUAUUGCAGCUUUCACAGAGACAGAUUAUGAGCACUGGAAAAUCGCUUCAUUAGAGGAAGUUUACACCAUUUUGUAUGCGGGAAUCGUAGCAUCUGGAUUAGUGAUUUCCCUUCAAACAUGGUGCAUUGCUAAAGGAGGUCCAGUAUGUGUCGCAGUAUUUCAACCUGUGCAAACUAUCUUAGUUGCUAUAAUGGCAGCUAUGUUUCUUGGUGAUCAGCUCUACUCUGGAGGGAUUCUAGGAUCAAUAAUAAUAACACUAGGCCUUUACUUGGUACUAUGGGGUAAAUCAAAGGAGUACAUAAUGGUAAACCAAGAUUCAGAAGACCAAUUGACUAAGCAUCUUAUAGAGAAUGGAGAUGAAGCACAAGAAGAUUUUAUUACGUCUGACAUCCCUUGAAAUCAACGACUAGUUAUUUGAGUUAUUUAUAGAGAAAAGGAGAGAGAAAUUCAGCAUCACAUCAAAUGCGAAAUGUAAAUCAUGUUUAGUUGUCUAUAUGUUGUGCUGGUGGCCUCUGAGCCUCCAAAUUUGAGUUUAUUUAGG